GUGUGUUUGUAUUCUAUAUCUUAAAGAUCUUUGACAUUUAUUUUUUAUUCAAAAUAAUUAUUAUUCACAUCCAUUAAGUAUUUAUGAUUAUCAACUAUUAUUGUAGUAAUUUAUAAUUUAAUUACUUUAUUGCGUAUCAAUUUCAAAUUUAAAAGGCUAUUACAAUCAACGUAACCAUGAAAAUAUUGGAGUUAUACGCAGGUAUAGGAGGAAUGCACUGGGCAUUUAAAAGAAGUGGAGUGCCUGGAAAAGUUGUAGCUGCUAUAGAAAUAAAUCCAACUGCCAAUGAAGUUUAUAAACAUAAUUUUUCUUCAACAAAAGUAAUAAACAAAAAUAUUGAAUCAUUAACUGUUAAACAAAUUGAAGAUAUGAAUAUAGAUGCUAUAUUUAUGAGCCCACCGUGUCAGCCUUUCACUAAGAAUGGACUCCAAAAAGAUGCUGAUGAUGCUCGAACUAAUUCUUUUUUUCAUGUAUUAGAAUUAAUUCCACACUUAUCAAAUCUAAAAUUUAUAUUACUAGAAAAUGUUGAACCUUUUCAAAGUUCUUUUACAAGAAACUCUUUGAUUUCUUGUUUACAAAAUAGUGGGUUUUGUUUUAAAGAAUGUAUUUUAAACCCACAAGAUUUUAAUGUACCAAAUAGUAGAACAAGAUACUUCCUAAUUGCUAAAAAAAACAAUUUAGCGUCUUGUUUUUCGCAUUUAGAAGAGCAACAACUUGAUUCUAGUAUGAUUAUCAACACCUUAUCAGAAUGUAGUCUUUAUCAACAAUAUCAAACUCGAUAUCCUGAAUUUUUUGGUCAUAGAUGUCAACCUUUAAGUGAAAUAAUUGAAAAUAAUAUAAAUGAAAAUGAAGAUUAUAUUGAUAGAAAGUUAUCUAACACUGUUGUAAAGAAGCAUUUAAAAGUUUAUGAUGUGAGAACACCUGAGGAUCGAGGAUCCUGUUGCUUUACAUCUGCAUAUGGUCGAUAUGCUGAGGGAACAGGAUCUAUUUUUUCUCCUCUAUCGAAAUCUGAAGUAACUGAAAAACUAAAUCAGUUUAAACUUAAUGUAAAUAAUGGAAAUCAAAUAGACGAGUAUGCAAAUCUACCUGAAAAUUUAAAAUUGAGAUACUUUACUCCAAAAGAAGUAUCAAGAUUAAUGUGUUUUCCAGAAAAUUUUGAAUUUCCUAAUUCUAUUACACAAAAACAAAAAUAUAAACUCCUUGGAAAUUCUAUAAAUGUUCACGUUGUUAGCCAUUUAAUUCUAAUGCUUCACUUUGUACCUGAUAAUAAUUGA